AUGAUGCUCAUCGCCCUCCCAUUACUCUCUAACUUGCUACUAUCAGGAGCAGGGGGCCCCUUGAAGAGAUCUCCUUGUAAUGGCCGCUUGCCCGUAUUUCUCCCGCAAAACACCACCACAAUAUUCGUCGCAUCCUGGGGCUCCUCCUCUCUGCUUCUUCUUCUUCUUCUUCUCUCUCUAAUUAUCUACUCUGUCCAUCUACCAACGCCCUUUUAUGCAUCGCUUUUCCGGUCUUUUGUUUCUUGCUGCUUCAUCUUCUUCCACGGUCUUUCGCCCCCUGAAUUCCACGUGAUUGUGGCGUGUCUUAGUCAGCAUGCCCCUUAUCGACAUAAAAAAAGCAUCGACGCAGCAGACGAAGACAAGACAAAACGGAUAGAAGAUGGGAUGACAUGA